GGUUCACAUCGCACCGUCGCGAAGACGUUCACAUGUUUACAUAACUUGUGAUAAACGUUUUAAUUGUUGUCAGUUAUCAGCUGUUUUGAUGCCACGAGCACAGUGCCAGUUUGUGCGUCGCUGUAGUGAUAGACUUUGAGAAUGACUCUGCCAAGGGUGAACAUUGAUGAGCCUCGCUGGGACCAAAGUACAUACUGGGGAAGAGCCAAGUACUUCUUCACAACAACCAACCCUCUCAACAUAUUUUGUUCUGCGGCUGAACUAGACAAAGCUAAGGCUAUUGUAGAUAAGUACAGAGCUGGCGAGCCGCUGGAUGGACAUUCCUUAGAUGAUGUAUACAGAGCCAAAGAGUUGGUGGACUCAGCUUUCCAUCCAGACACGGGGGAGAAGAUGAUUGUCAUCGGAAGAAUGUCUGCUCAAGUUCCCAUGAACAUGGUCAUCACUGGCUGCAUGGUCACCUUCUACAAAUCCACCCCAGCUGUGGUGUUCUGGCAGUGGGUGAACCAGUCUUUCAAUGCUCUGGUUAACUACACAAAUAGAAGUGGAAAAUCUCCUUUAUCUGUUGAACAGCUGGGCAAGUCUUACGUGCUGGCUACUGGAGGAGCUCUAGCAACAGCGCUUUCCCUCAACAAACUGGCGCAGAGGGGGCCACCACUUAUGGGAAGACUGGUUCCGUUUGCUGCUGUGGCGGCUGCCAACUGUAUCAACAUUCCUUUGAUGCGCUACAGGGAAGUAGAGAACGGAGUACCAGUUUAUGACGCCAACAACAAUCAUCUCGGAGACUCUCAGACAGCAGCUAAGAUCGGCAUCGCAGCAGUUGUAUUCAGUCGCAUCUUUAUGGCUGCUCCUGGCAUGGUAUUUACUCCGGUGGUGAUGAAUUCACUGGAGCGGAAGGGGUUGCUCCGUAAGAUCCCAUGGGCCAAUGCUCCUCUUCAGCUCCUUCUGUGUGGAUUCUUCCUAACAUUCGCCACCCCAAUGUGCUGUGCACUCUUCCCCCAAAAAUCUCCCAUUCAAGUUAGCAAACUUGAGAAACCAUUACAGGAAAAGGCCAAAGAUCUGGAUCCCCCUCCAACAGUAGCCUACUACAACAAAGGUUUAUAAACUUCACUUUAUAAGUGAAACAAUACUAGACUUCUAGUCACAUCAACAUUUCUUGUAAACAGUUAGGCUAUAAUGAUAUUUGUUAUUAAUUUAAUUGGUAUUUUUUAACUUUUUUUCUACUUAAUCAUCACAUAAAGUUAGGGUUUGCUUAGAAAAUACUUGUUGUAUUUUUUAUGUAACAGUGUGGAACUUUUGUGUUAAAAAUGGCCUUUAUUGAUAUUAUCUACUUAGUCUCAACUUUUUUGUUGUGGAAGUAAAAUCAUUCCAAUCUAGAAGAAAUGAGACACUAGACUUAAAGCACAAAGUACACAAAGUAAUAGCCUAAAUUCUUUUACUUCUAUCUUGGACCUGGGACUUAAUUAAGAGCCAUAAGAAGCAGUCCAUACUAAUACAGAACAUUCCAAUACAUUAUCACAUAAAUGUGUGGGUAGCAUAACAUUUUUUUUUUAAACAGCUUACAUGUGUAGAAAACUUGUAUACAAAUUUAAAUAUUUUAAAAUCUUAAAAAAGAAGACUUCUGUAAAGAAACUAAAAUGUUCUUUCCAACAAAAGAUCUGUGUAUCCUGUGAUUAUUUUUGAACAAAAUA